UAAAACAAAACAAAACAAAAAUAAUAGUAAUAAUAAAUAAAAACUGCUGGACGGAUCUUGUUUAAACCCGAAGUGUUGCACCUUUUUUUUCUGCUUUCGGAACGAGAACCCCCUCCAUGGAGGAGUUUUUGGCGUAUUUUUAACGUUUGGGGGAAACGACAAAACGACUGAACAAUGCAGAAGCGGGAUAGGAUCCGGAUCUCACGAGUCUCCCCCUCGGAGUAACGCCAAAUGGAUGCUGUGCUACGAGCCUCACACCCCUUCUCCCCCCUUCGCCAACUGCUAUGGAGGCAUGCCAAGCCAUGCAAGUGACCUUUAUCACACCAUGAAUGCAGACUCCGCCGUUCAAAGAGGACACAAGUAACCUUUUCUUGUUAUCUAAGAAGGAGCUGUUGAUCUGAAGAGGAGGAGGAGGAGACGGGGUGGUACAAGAGGCGGAGAUUAAAAAAAGAAGAAAUAAUAAAAAAAAAACAGAGGUUAAUAAAACCCAACAAACAAAGCAAAACAAAAACAAGCAAGCAGGACACACACAACGACAGGAUGCCAAAGAGGUCCGAGGAGAUGCUGGUGGAUCUGUGGAUGUCCUUGCUGCUGGUGUGGAUUACUUGCGUUCCCUCCGUCUCCAUGACUCCUAUCACGGGCCAGUCCAGAAGUACACAAACCGGUGGGCCCAUGGCGGCGGUGGCAGCGAGUGGUCUUGGCGAAGGACAAAGAUUACUAAGUCGCGCCAAGAGAGGAUGGGUUUGGAAUCAAAUGUUUGUGCUGGAGGAAUUUUCUGGACGCGAUCCAAUUCUGGUUGGCAGGCUACACACAGACUUGGACGUUGGCAACAAGAACAUCAAAUACGUUCUUGCAGGUGAGGGAGCAGGCACCAUUUUUGCAAUCAAUGAGUUAACGGGGGACAUCCACGCCAUGAAGAGGCUGGACCGUGAGGAGAAAGCUGAGUACACGCUAACAGCACAGGUCGUUAACGCCGACACGGACGAGCCUUUGGAGCCACCGUCGGAGUUCAUCAUUAAAGUUCAGGACAUAAACGACAAUUCACCACAGUUCGUUGAAGGCCCGUACCGAGCAUCAGUUCCAGAAAUGUCUGCUGUUGGUACCCCGGUAACCAGGGUAACAGCCACAGAUGCUGAUGAUCCAGUGUAUGGGAACAGYGCAAAACUAGUCUACAGCAUACUGGAGGGACAACCAUAUUUUUCUGUUGACCCAAACUCUGCAACCAUAAAAAUUGCCCUCCAUGGGAUGGAUCGGGAGAUGAGAGAGGAGUACCUGGUGGUGAUACAGGCUAAAGACAUGGGAGGACAUAUGGGCGGUUUGUCUGGAACGACGACUGUGACCGUCACGCUAACGGACAUUAACGACAACCCACCAAAGUUUUCCAAAAGUUUGUAUGAAUUUGUAAUCCCAGAAGACCUACCAGUAGGAAAAAUGGGUGGCAAGGUAAAGGCAGUUGAUCGAGACAUCGGUGAUAAUGCCAAGUCGACAUAUAACAUCAUAGAGGGAGACGAGCAAGGCACGUUUGAGAUUAUUACAGACGCACAAACGCAAGAGGGGAUACUCAGGCUAAAAAAGCCCUUAGAUUAYGAGGGUAAGAGAGCCUACACAUUGAAAGUGGAAGCAACCAACAUUCGCCCUGAGCCCGGCCUCAACCCACCCUUCAAGGAUACGGCCACUGUGAAGAUAGCGGUGGAAGACUCAGACGAGCCUCCUGUUUUCACCAGACCUGUGUACUUACUGGAAGUAAAUGAGAACGCCCCCAUCAACACGGUCAUAGGAACGGUCACYGCCAGGGACCCAGACUCCUCGGGGAGCCUUGUCAGAUACUUUAUCGACCGGCACACAGACCUGGAGAGGCAGUUCAACAUCAACGUGGAUGACGGGAAGAUCACGCUGGCCAAACCACUGGACCGGGAAACCGACAUGUGGCACAACAUCACCGUAACAGCUACAGAACUCAAGAACCACAGCCAAAUAUCAAGGGCGAUUGUGGCCAUCAGAGUAAUGGACAUUAACGACAAUGCCCCUGAAUUUGCCGAUGAAUACCAGGCCGUUCUUUGUGAAAAUGGAAAACCUGGACAGGUGAUUCAGACUGUCAGUGCUGUGGACAAAGACGACCCGAUACAGGGUCACUACUUUGACUAUCGCCUAGUGCCUGAGAUGCUCAACAACCCAAAUUUUACCAUUAAAAACAACCAAGACAAUACAAUCAGUGUUCUUGCCAAACAUGACACCUUUCGACGACAGAAACAGGAGACAUACUUCCUGCCUAUCAUCGUGACAGACAAUGGGCAUCCACCAAUGAGCAGCACCAACACCUUGACCAUCCGAGUCUGUGGAUGCAGCAAAGAUGGAAUAGUCCAGUCCUGCAAUGUUGAAGCCUACGUCUUACCUAUUGGGCUUAGUAUGGGGGCUCUCAUUGCCAUCCUGGCUUGCGUCAUACUCCUGCUAGUAAUAGUAGUACUUUUUGUGACCCUGAGGAGACACAAGAAUGAACCUUUGAUUAUUAAGGAUGAUGAAGAUGUCAGAGAGAAUAUUAUCCGGUAUGACGAUGAAGGAGGUGGUGAGGAAGACACAGAGGCGUUUGACAUUGCCACACUACAGAACCCGGAUGGUAUCAAUGGAUACCUGCCACGCAAAGACAUCAAGCCAGACUUACAGUUUAUGCCACGGGCAGGCCAGCACUCUGGCCCAAACGGUGUGGACGUGGAUGAAUUUAUCAAUGUACGACUCCACGAGGCAGACAAUGAUCCAACAGCACCGCCUUAUGACUCCAUCCAGAUCUAUGGAUACGAGGGCCGGGGAUCAAUUGCAGGUUCCCUUAGCUCAUUGGAAACAGCAUCGUCAGACUCAGAUCAGAAUUAUGACUAUCUCAGAGAGUGGGGCCCACGCUUUAGAAGACUUGGGGAGCUCUACUCUGUGGGUGAGAGUGACCGCGAGACCUGACCUUUGUUUUGUUAGAAGGGAAAAAAAAGACCUUUGACUUUUUUUGCUUUUCUGUCCACAUAUUUGUGUAGGGGUUGCUGGCUUAUAGAAACAGGUGUAAAAAACAAAAACAAACAAACAUACAAAACAAAACAAAACAAACAAAAAAACUGUUAUUAAAAAUGAGGGCCACCUUUUUGUAAUUUUUUUAGAGUGAGGUAUAGCAGUUGUCAUUCACUACGUCAAGCGCAUUGUACUUGUUGAGCCAAACAAUGUCUUUCUUAGAAGAACUAUGAUUCUUGUGGAGUGUACCUUAGAUUCUUUUGUGGAGUGUCUAGCAGUACUUUGGGUGUUUGUCAUUUGCUAUGACGGCCAGUAGCAGAAAACCCCUGGCAAUUCUGGUAGUUGCCCAAUGAACAGUUAUUGUUGGAUUCUGAAGCUUGAAUGGACACCAUACCCCAUGCUCUAUGGACACCAAGUUGGACUACAGAAGCUGCAAAGGGACUGAUACCCUUGUCUCCCAAAGUCACCCAGCUGAAAGGUAAAAGGGAGACAAAAUGAAAAUGAAAAAGCAAUAUAUGGUCUUCAUUACAUUGAUGAAUGUAAGUAUGGUUUGAAAGGGAAAAUAGCAAAAAGACAAACCAGUAUUGGUGGUCAGUUUGUCAUAAUUUGAAAUGUUCUCUGGUGGCAACAUUUAUAAACUAUCUAAAGCCCAGAAAGGCUUGCUUUAUACAACUCUUUGUAUUUACAUGCUACAGGUGUGGGUUCCAAGUGUUACUAGCCUAUAAAGACUGAUGUAAAGACAAAAAAGAGAAAUGUAGAAACUCUGAGGCCUUCUUUUUACAGAAGCAACAUUAAAUACAAUUGUAAUCUACUGUUUUUGACAAGAUGUGUUAAUUCUUCAUUACUGUUCUAUCAAUUCUUUUGUAUAUCUGUUAUUAAAUCAUUUUUUUCUGUACCAACUAUUUGAAAGAAGUGUUUAGAUUAUUUCACAUUUAGCUUUUUCCACCACUUGAACACUAUUUCAUAACAGCCAAACAAUAUCAUAAAUCCAUUGCAGUUGUUGAAAUAGUCCAGAUGUAAGCAGACACAAAUGUUCCAAGAUACCCCAACAAUAAAGAUAAUUUAUUAAAUUGGAACUAAGACCUAUCUGACAAAUGAGGAUUCUGAAUAGAUUAAAACAAUAUCCAAUGGUACAGUAAGUGAGUGCAAUAGUCAAAUUGAUAUCAAAUUAUGUGACUUUAAAAAUCAAAUCACGUUUAGAAAAAACAGAUUGUAUUAGCCCAAGAAAAAAAAAUUGGAACACAGAUUGAGAUCAUGUGCAUAUUGUGCUUACACUGUAUGAUACCAAUAAAAAAGACUUGUUCUGUACAUAAAGUUACCGCUAACGUCAUUAGCUUAUGAGGUGGUAGGUUUUGUCUCUGCACGUUAGCUCUUGCACAUAAUGGGAAUUUCAAUGGCACUACAGCUGCGUGUAUACUCAGUUUGUACUGAUACAGUAUUCUGGCAGUUCUCAGUAGACUAAACAAUAUAUAUGAAAUAGUCCAACAUGCAGAUCAUAUUUUCUACUGUGCUUUGAUGCUUAUAAAUGUGUAUGUUCAAUUAUUUACUCCCUGUACUGUAAUCUAAGAUACCCUGUAUUGUUUCCUACUUUGUGAAAUAUAUUUUUAUAAAUAUUGC